UUUCUCUUCAUAGCUCCAACCUUCCCUUUUCAAUUAAUUCCUUCAAAAAAGAAAAAAACACACACACACACACAGCUGCAGCAGAAGAAAGAAGAAGAAGAGGAGAAAUGGUGGGACCCACUCGGCCGCAGAUCGUGCUAUUUGGUUCAUCUGUAGUUCAGAUGUGUUACAACGUUGGAGGCUGGGGUGCUAUUCUUGCUGACCUUUAUGCUCGCAAGGCGGAUGUCGUACUGCGAGGAUACUCUGGUUGGAAUACAAGGAUGGCUCUCCAAAUCUUGGAUAAGGUUUUCCCCAAGGAUGAAGCUACUCAGCCUUCUCUGGUUAUAUUAUAUUUUGGAGGUAAUGAUGCAACGAACCCUCACCCGAGUGGCCUCGGUACUCAUGUGCCUCUCCCUGAAUUUCUCGAAAACAUGAAAAAGAUGAUUCUUCAUAUCAAGAAUCUUUCGGAUAAGACGAGGAUAAUAUGUCUUACUUCUCCUCCUAUCAACGAAAAACAAAUUCACGCAAUUUUCGGGGAUGCACUUUCUGAUCAAGCGCGCACAAAGGAAGGCUGUCGUAUUUAUUCCGAAGCUUUAGCAGAGCUGUGCCAAGAAUUGGAUGUUGUGCCCAUCAAUCUUUGGACUGCAAUUCAGCAAAAAGAUGACUGGGCCGAUACUUGCUUUAUAGAUGGAAUCCAUUUGUCGGCUGAAGGGAGCAAAAUAGUGGUGGGGGAGAUAUUGAAGGUUCUGAAGAAGGUAGAUUGGGAGCCAAGUUUGUACUGGUUGUCGAUGGAAUCCGAGUUUCCGGAAGAUUCUCCGUACUAUGUUGUUGGUCCUGAUGGUAAAAACACUUUCAAUGUGAGCACUCAUAUCUGUACUUGGCAAAGGGAGUGGCUCAAUAUUUAGUGAUGGUCACUAAUUUUGCAGCACGAGUUUUGGUAAUUUUAUAUGUUUGUGUCAAUGUCCUAUUUUUUUUAUUGGGUGUAUCUCGUUUUUCGACGAUAUAUGCAUUACGUGUACCGGUCGUAUUCAGAGGGAUAACUCCAAUUGCUGAAUAAGAAUUCUUGGAUUAUCAGAUUAUUGUUUUGUCACAAGUUGUUAGGCAGAUACAAUUCAAAGGCUUUGUUUGGCUAAUUUUCAGAAUUUUCUUUCUUUCAUCCAAAUAAAUAUGUUAAAACUUUUUUGUGGG